AUGACUCGUUGUUUAACAAAUCACCACGAUCAGCAAAAAUCAGGAGAAAUUUCCCAAUGUCCGGUUCUGCAAACCCCGACUGAACAGAAUCCAUCAGAUAAAGUAGAACGAAGUGAUAAUCCGGUAUCGUCUGAUAACGACGUUAAGACUGAAUCGCCUUCAGAAGAAGGUGGUGAAAUUGCUCCCCAAGACGAAGAUCUAGUUGAAUCUGAAGGCCCGGUGGUCACGGAAGAGAAUAAAGUGAAAGGUGGUGAAGUAUGCGAUGAAAAGUCGCCGAAAGAGCCACUCAAGAUUAAAGUUGAAAACAUCAAUGACAAUACGUUGCCCGAAUCGACACUGAAACCUCCACAGAAUAACAAAAGGAUGCAUGGAGAGGAUGACCGGAAUCCUGAAGAAAAAGCGCUCAAGAGGCAACAAUUGGAACGUAAUAAGAACAAAGAUGAUGAUAAGCUUGAGCAUGCGGUCACCCCGUUUGACCAAAAACCGAUCACAGAGAAUAUAAAACCAGUCCUCGUUGACAAUGACACGGAAUUGCCAAAUCUUUUGAAGGCUUUGAGGAAUAUUCAUAAAAAAUAUUAUGAAGAAUAUGAUUCACAAGAUGUCACACGGGAGGACGGAGAGAGACGAACUCCUGAUUUGACUAAAUUGAUACCACAUUUGAAAAAACAACGAGGAACUGAAAAAGUAAAAGAAGCUAAAAGGAAGGGAAAUGUAUUCAUAGUCAGUAAAGAAUGGUUAGAUGAAUCCAUAAAAAAGUGGGAGCGGCAGCCCGAAAAGGCUUUCAUGAUCGAAGAAAGUUCGCCUUUUGAGCCCCCGGAUUUGAAUUCUGAAACUACCGAUGUCACCGAUGAAGAAGGAAUUUUUCCUUUGAAUUCUGAAAAAUUUAAGGAAAUCGAUUGGAUAGAUGUCAUGAAAGAGAUAGACGACGAAAUCGGUGAAUCCGGUGACACAAGCGCGUUUGAUGAAAGUGAGACCGAAAGUGGAACUGAAAGUAAUGGGCGUAAGAGAUUGAAACGAAAUAGUGAGGGGCAACCGAGGAUCGGUGAACGUCCAAAGCGAACGAAGCAAUCGUCGCCAUUACGACAAUCCAUAAUGCUUGAUAACGCCGGAUUCGAGCUAUCAUCCGAAAGUUUUUACCAACAUCCUGAAUCGCUGGAUGAAACACAAGAGGAUUAUCAAUAUGAGAACAAUGAGGAUUACGAUCCUGGUAAUCAAAGCGAUGAAGAAUACGAUCCCGGCGAUCAGAGCGACGAUGAAGAUUCAGAUGACGAGAAGUUUAUUCAUGAUUUUGAAGAAUUUUUAAAAGAAGAUGGGAAUGGGGUGGAAGGUGACGUAUUUAUUAGUCAUGAAAAGGGUGAUUGA